CAACAGUAAAUAUCCAAUGGCUACCGAGACUCGCAGCCAAGAUGGGUGCUGGUCUUGCAGGCUCCGGAAGAAGAAGUGUGACGAAAGGCGACCUAUAUGUACGGAAUGCAUGUGCCUGGGACUUGAUUGCCACGGUUUUGGUACAAGGCCGGCCUGGAUGGACCGCGGCGCUCGACAAAAGGCACAAGCAGCGAAGAUGAAGGAGAAGCUAGCACAGCUGACCAAGAGCCGACGGCACAAACAGGUGCGAACCCAAAACGAUUGGGUAGCUAAGCAGCCCCCAAAUUCCCACACGGAACGUUCCACCAUCCGAAUCGACGCCCCUGAUGCUUCAAGCGGUAUGCUCAUGGACCAUGAGCCCAGCUCUCCCACACAGACAUUUGGCGACACGUCCCAGGACGAGUUUGCAAGGAGUCGGCUUGCAGAAGCUCUCGAAGAAGAAGAUCAAAACACAAUAGUCUCAGAUGCUCUUGCUUCAUCAGAUGAUUCGGGCUCACAAAGAAUAUUCGAUGAUAUGACGUUCUUAUCCGGAUAUCCUGUUACUCUUGCUCCCUCGAGGAAUGCCAAUUUCCAGACAAGUCUCGAAGGCAUGGACUUUCUUUCUGAGCAGAACUUCGACCUACCAGAACUCGAGUCCAUCCUGACAGGCAGCUUGCACAUGGCCCAAGGUACGGCUGGGCUGGGCGUUGCGGAUGACCUUUGUGAAGCCUACCUUUCGCCGCCCGAGAGUCAAAUCAGCACAGCCUACCCGUCGUACGGGACUUCUGCAUUCAUACUUCCCAUCGGCGAUAUGGAGGACGCAAUAUUACUAGCCUAUUGUAUAGAAAAGGUUUUCAACUGGCAGUUCCCGUUCUGUUCGACGCUUCUGAGCGGUUUUAGCCAAGGGUACUUCCUAUGGCUUAUGUCCAAGUCACGACCCUUGUAUUUGGCAUCUCUCGCAUUGAGCAGCUCGCACAAGAGCCGUCAAAAAGCGGUAGAGGAGUCUUGCUCAAAACUGCGGUACGAAGACCACGCCGGAAGAUACAAUGUGGCAACGGAAGAGUUUCAUCGCAAUCUGAGAACGCCCAAAGCUGCCGACGACAUAUCGAUGCUGGCUUGCACUGUUUUACUCAUAUCCUCCAGUCUUCUUCAAGGCGGCAAAGUCGACUGGACCUCCCACCUAAGAACGGGCACGUCGCUGAUUGCCCCUUGGAUCGCCCAGGCACAGCAUGACACAAACUCGGCGUCUCCCAAAUCUCUCGAGGAGUCUUCGAGAGAUUUCUUCAUAAUUUCAAUAAUACGCGUCGACAUAUUAUCGGCAAUCAACCAAGAUAGUGCUCCAGGACUUUCCCACAACUACAAAGAGUGGUUCACAUCCACCCGUCAGCAAUUCUCUCUCGAAGCCGUUUGCGGCUGCAGCAACUGGAUCUUCGAAGUACUUCUCGACGUUUACUUACUGCGGGACUGGAAGAAGAAAACAAGGGCAGAAGGCCUGCUCAGCUUGUGGGAGUUGACCUCCAAAGCAAACACGAUCCAGGUAGAUCUUGAGAAGAAGAUGACCAGCAAUAUGAUACUCUUGAGAAAAAGCAAAGAAAAUGUUGAGCAGCAGCAACAGCAGGACAAAGACAGACCCCUGCAGUCUGGUGCACAGGGCCAAUACGAUAUAUGCGUUGUUAACCAUACCUUUGCCUGCGCCGUGUCUGUUCUCCUGGAGGUCAUCGUCUCGGGCGCGUAUCCGCGACUGCCAGAGGUAAAACAGAAAGCUGGGCGCGCUCUCGACGCCUUGGCCGAUAUCAAAGACAACGCUCGGCUUCUCGAAGUGCUAGGCUGGCCGCUCUUCGUCGUGGGGUGCGUCGUCGAAGAGGAGCGGCACGGCUUCUUCCGCCAGCUGCUCUCCUGCCAGUUGAGAAAUUCAGUUACUCUCUGCGGUCUCCUCGAUGUACUAGAAGAAUGCUGGAAAUCAAGAGCGUCGGGAGAGUGGGUUACACGGGGCAAGGGAAGGUGUAGAAACUGCUGCAAAUCCAACCGCGUCUGUGAGAGAGGGAUCCGUCUGAAUUUCAUCGACAUCCAGACAUCUACGCCGCACACUGGCCUCAUAGAUCUACCCCCAGGCACUCAGCUCAAGUUCCACGACGAAUCGCGAGCCAUCGCCUCGGGGUACGCUGUUGGUCCACAGAAGGACAAAAAUAUUGACACCUCGCACACGGAGCCUACACUGCAGACAGGACUACCCCAAACGGGCUUACCCAAAUAUGGCGCGAUUCCGCCCAUGGAGAUGACGUCUUGUGCAGAGCAGGCCGCGCUCGUUCCAGCACAGUGCAGCUCCUUGCCCUCAUUGCGCGUCAUCACCAACCAUGAUGAGGGUCUGCUGAUGGAGAUAUUCCUCAGCAAGGUGGCGCCUUGGAUGGACUGCCUGGUCGCGAGCAAACCCUUCACAAAUAUAACGCCCUUUUACGCCCUAAGCCAGCCCGCACUUUACAGCAUGGUAAUGGCUUGCGGGGAGAGAUAUUUGAUGCCUACAGAGGAAUCGCUUUACUAUGAAAAGGCAUGCCAGGGUCUUGAGCUCGAGAUAGCCAAGCCCAACGCUGAUUAUCUCCUGUGUGUGACCAUCUCAGCCUUGCUGCAUGCAUAUGAAACUAUGAGUGAUGGAGCCAACAAAAACAAAGGCGACUCGGAUCGCACGCGAGCUUUGAUUGGAGAAGCCGGCCUCAGCGGCGGAAAUUCAAGUCUGUUUGGUGCCUGCUUCUGGGCAUACAAGCUGAACUCUGUGUUAGAUAGUCUCGUUCGCAACUCAAGGCUGACGUGCGAUGCCGAAAGAAUGGACAUGGCACUGAACGCGGUCCAGAGUACAGGUACUAACAAUGGCAUACUUUACUGCGAAGAAGAUCUAUGGGCUUACCGGAUGGUGUCGGUAUGUGCCAAGGUUGCUGCGCUUCACACAGAGGUGGCUCAGGGCAUAUAUGGCGAUUCCAUGGACCGUCUCCGCCAGGACCGUGAGCAGUACAAGGGUUGGUGCGACGAAUGGGCCAGUAACGUGCCGAGAUCGAUGAUGCCCCUGUGCUAUAUCCCACCCCCAGAUGAGGAUUCGAAAUCAGAAACUACAACGCAUUUCCCUCAGGUCCUGUUCGUCGGGUCCUCAGCGACAGUCGCGCGCCUGCUUUAUCACGUCUCGUGUUUGCUGCUUGUCAGGAUCGGAGUAGCCGAGCGCUCAGCCGAGGCGCAAGAAGCCCAGUGCAGACAGAUAAGGCACGCUAUGGAUAUAUGCGGAAUUGCUUCGCAGGGUGAAGAUAAGUAUGGGACCCUAUUCCUCGAUGAAAAAGCAUAUGAACUUUUUUUUUUCACUCUUCUUUUGCUUUUCGUGGAUCGAGACACGCUAAUGACGAAUUCUGCAUAA